UAUAGGGUUGUAGGGUAUAAAGAAGUGCACAGGUCACACACUCUAAUAACUGUGUUAUAGAUCGGCCCUCACAUCGCGUUGAGCUGCUGUACAGGGACUGUGCAGGACUUAGUGCUCCUCACUCUAUGUGUGUCCAGCUCCUCUUCAACCGCCUCUCUCCACUCACUGCUAUGGUCGUCCACAUACGCGGUUACAAUUUCAGCACCACAGACAGCUCUCUCUUCAGCUCCAGCCUCAGCACCGACGCUACCCUGCGGGACUCCACGGCGCCCCAGACCCCCGGCGGGCUGAGCCGGACCGGCCACACGGUGGUGGCAGUAUGCCUCGGUUUCAUUCUAGUGGCAGGCAUCCUCACCAACUUCCUCGCUCUGCUCAUCUUCGCCAAGUUUCGCACCCUCUGGACGCCCAUCAAUCUCAUCCUGUUGAAUAUCAGCCUGAGCGACAUCCUCGUGUGUGUUUUCGGGACUCCCUUCAGCUUCGCGGCGAGUUUGCACGGAAGAUGGCUCAUAGGAGAGUACGGCUGCAAGUGGUACGGGUUCGCCAAUUCCCUCUUUGGGAUUGUGUCUCUGGUGUCCUUGUCCAUUCUCUCCUAUGAGCGCUACACCACUGUGCUGCGUUCCUCCCAGGUUGACAUUUCAGACUUCAGGAAGGCCUGGCUGUGUGUCGGAGGCUCCUGGUUCUACUCUCUCCUCUGGACUUUGCCCCCCUUCCUGGGCUGGGGCAGCUACGGGCCUGAGGGUCCUGGUACCACGUGCUCCGUCCAGUGGCACCUACGUUCGCCCACCAGUGUCUCAUACGUGUUGUGUCUGUUCAUCUUCUGUCUGCUGCUGCCCCUUCUACUCAUGGUCUACUCUUAUGGCCGAAUCCUGGUUGCAAUCAGGAGGGUGGGUAAGAUCAACCUGCUGACAGCUCAGCGCAGAGAGCAGCACAUUUUGGUGAUGGUGUUAUCCAUGGUGUCCUGCUACAUGCUGUGCUGGAUGCCCUAUGGUAUCAUGGCCCUGAUGGCCACCUUUGGGAAGUUGGGACUGGUCACCCCCAUGGCCAGUGUGGUGCCCUCCAUUCUGGCCAAGUUCAGCACUGUUGUCAACCCCGUCAUCUACAUGUUCUUCAACAACCAGUUUUAUAGAUGCUUUGUGGCCUUCAUGAAGUGCAAAGAGGAACCUCAGUCUGUUCAAGGAGAGGAGCACCCGAACCCAAGGACACGGUUAUCUGGCUUCUUCCCUGUCCAUAGACAAGCCUCCCUCAGCUCUUCACAACCUCACAUCCCCAGCAGGUCCAGAAACGCUGUUCUCUGCAGCCGGCACAAUGACCGCCACACCUUUGUUGUUCACUACAAUCCAUAAAGGUUUUUCAACUUUUUCAUCUGACAGACUGUGAAAGUUAAAAUAAAUGUUUUAUUGAAUCCAAAGUGCAACAAAAAGACCCAAACUUGAUUAUACAUAAGAAGACAAAAGCCAGCUCCUUAAUGUCUGAAUGUAAAACUCAGUGCCAUGUAGUUUUAGCAUCUACUUUAAUGCAUAUUUUGAUUUGGUUAUGUGGUUGACCUUCCAUUUAUGCAAGUGGCAAUGUACAUGUUUUGAAUGAAUACUUUAAAAAUGUAUUAUCCAUGCGUUUGUUGAAAGUUAAAGCAGUCCCUCACUGCUCUGAGAGACCCUGGCCUAAAUGUCUAACUGGUGCCAAUAAUUAAAAAUCACAAGCCAAUAAAUGUUUUACAUGGGUUACAUAAAGAUAAAAUCCAUCCUCACUUAUCAGUCACACUGGAAAUAAAACUACCUGUAUGUGUUUUGGAUUUUGAAGUAUCAUCAUUUUUUGUCUUUUUAUCUCUUUUUAUUUUCCCACAAUAAACAACAAACACAGCAAACAGGAUUUCUGGAUUCAA